AUGGUAUGUUUUAAUAGGAAUAUUUUUACUUUUGAGUGGGACACAAGUGAGGACACUAAUCGUGACGACUCCAACCCCAUCUACCAAGAAAAACGAGAACCUCAAUUACUCUUCGGGCGAGGCUUUAGGGCCGGGAUUGAUGUCAGGUAGACAUGAACGAAUGCUGGUUCACUGUGAUGUAGUUUCCGUGUUUCUUUCCAACACGUGUUGUUAAAAGGGAACAGCGCAGGCAAAACAACUUCUACGACGAGCUGGUGAAACGGCGGGCUGAGCAGUCAGGAGAAGACAUCUCUGCGUUUGUCAAGGCCAGAAACCAAGCCGACGAGAAGGGAGCUUCCCUGAAAUCCCGCGAUAUCGAGGUCCAAAAAAAAAGGAAAAGAUCAGAAGUUUUCGUUUUCUAUCGACCUUCUGUUUCUUCACAGGAAAACGACCCGGCGAAGAGGCACUGGACCGAGAAGAAGCGGGAAGAAAUGAACGACAGGUGAUAAGCACAAUCGCGAUGAUGCAAAACCCGGUGGAUGCGGCUGAAUCGAUUAAUUUUCAGAGAUUGGAGAAUCUUCAGAGAGGAUUUCGGUUCGCUCGAAAAUCAAUCCCAACCACGCAGUUGUUGGAGUAACAUUGCUUUAUCUUGUUCUUUCAGAGAUCUACAUCAAAGGAGGGCGUGUGCCGGCGCCGAUUCGCACGUGGGCAGAAUCUCCCCUUCCAUGGGAACUGCUCGAAGCCGUCAGGAAGGUCGACAACUGACAUCACCCAAUCGACUGUCGAGUAAAGUUCUGUCUCCCUGUCUCGCAGGUGGGAUACGCGAAACCCACCGCCAUUCAAAUGCAAGCGAUUCCAAUCGCAUUGGAAGUGAGUCGCAUAACGAUAUUAGUGACUGACCAUUCAACACUACUUUCUGGACUUGUGUCACGCAGAUGCGAGACUGCAUUGGCAUUGCUGAAACGGGGUGAGAGGCAGAAGAGAGCGACUUGUUGGCCUUGUUCGCUGAUUUGACUCCGCAUUUUUCGGGUUCAGUUCGGGCAAGACUGCAGCGUUCGUUCUUCCCAUGCUCACUUAUGUCAAACAACUACCUCCGCUGAACGACGAGACCUCACAAGAUGGACCAUAUGCUCUUGUCUUGGCGCCAUCGAGGUACCGAAGCGAAGUGGAAAAAAACAGCCUGAAUGAUGCAACGAAACGAAUUUGUCGCAGAGAGCUGGCACUUCAAAUCGAGGAAGAGACCAAGAAGUUCGCGUCCUUUUGUCAGUGUCGCAGUGUCGCUGUGGUCGGUGGGAGAAAUGCAGAAUCGCAGGCAUUCGAGCUUCGCCGCGGAUGCGAGGUUGUCAUCGGAACUCCCGGCCGAGUAUGUGUUUUGCGGACACGAUGUUCUGUUGCAUGCACUGGUUGUUUCGCUUCGUUCAGGUGAAGGACUGUCUGGAGAAAUCCUACACGGUCUUAAACCAGUGUGCAUACUUGGUGCUGGAUGAGGUAUUCGCUUUAAAGAGACAGAUGAAAGGCUCCCAAUAUAUAUCUUCCACCCCUUCUCUCGUCUUUUUCAGGCUGACCGGUACGGGACGCGACAAUCUACGCCCCCCUUCAAUUCGUUUUCUUUUUUGCAGGAUGAUAGAUAUGGGUUUUGAAGAGAUUGUUAACUGGAUACUGGACCAGAUUCCGAGCUCCAACCUGAAGUCGGAAAACGAAGACCAAGCCACGAAAGAGGAACUGGAGGCAAAGGCAGGACACAGAAAGUAUCGCAUCACGUAAGUUAAUGCGAACACGGAUCCCCCUCGACUGCGGCAUCUACAUGCUCAACGUUGUGGUGUUCAGCCACAUGUUCUCUGCAACGAUGCCGCCGGCAGUAGAGCGCCUUGCAAGGUAUUCAUGGAAUGACUUUUGCUUAUAGACUUCGAGGCUGUUUCGCUUGUACUUUCAGAAAAUAUCUUCGUGCACCGGCGUACAUUUCCAUCGGAGACCCUGGGGCCGGAAAGCGUGCAAUUGAGCAACGCCUUGAAUUUAUGGCGGAGGCCAAGAAGAAGCAGGUCGAUACGCAUUGAACUAGCGUCUUGUUACAAGUCUGCGCGGAGAUCCCUGUCUCUUCCACCGUUGCAGCGUUUGCAGGAGAUUCUUGAGGAGGCAACUCCACCGGUCAUGGUCUUCGUCAACCAGAAAAAAGUGGCUGACGUACUUGCCAAGUCCCUUGAUAAGAUGAACUUCAAGUAUGGCUCGGAUACAUCAGCAAUUCCCGCACCAUUUCCGACUGCCUGCUUUCUCUUGUUCUUGCAGAGCGACGUCGUUGCAUGGCGGAAAGGCGCAAGAGAUCCGAGAGGCAGCCUUGGCGGGAUUCAAAGAUGGGACAUACGAUGUCUUGGUCGCCACCGACGUCGCUGGUACGGUCACACCUUUGCUCUCCUCUUCACUUGUGGUAUUGCCUACAACCCUCCUGUCACACAGGUCGCGGCAUCGACGUCGAAGGUAGAAAAGGGGCUUUCUUCUGUUAUUUCAUCCGUCACUGUUGUCCACUUCAGGCGUUCAGCACGUGAUCAACUUCGACAUGCCAAAAAACAUAGAAGACUACACGCACAGAAUAGGUCCAUAAAAGACUAAGGACUUCUUGCGUGGACUUCUUUUUGUACAACCUCACCUUCCUUCUUUCGAUCAGGACGUACUGGACGUGCAGGAAAAAAAGGUGUCUCUACUUCGUUUGUGACUGAUGAGGACUCCCAUCUGCUACAAGACCUGCGUACCUUGGUCCGAAGAAGGCGUCUGGCUUGCCUUCCCGUUAGAUUUUUCUAUUGUUGAUUCUUUUCUUGCAGCUUGUUUCGACGAACAACAUCGUUCCUCAUGAAUUGAACUCCAAGCUGAAAUCUCUGAGCUGA